GGAGGACCCACCAGAGCCCCCACACAUUAAAGAGGAACAGGAGGAACUCUUGACCAAUCAGGAGGGAGAGCAGCUUCGAGGGCUGGAGGAGGCUGAUAUCACCAAGUUUACACUCAUUCCUGUUCUUGUGAAGAGUGAAGAAGACGAUGAAGAGCCACCUCAGUCCUCACAGCUUUAUCAAAGAUUAACUGAACAGAUGAAAAUGAAACCUGAUGGAGAGGACUGUGGACCAGAACCAGCCAGGAACUCAGACCCCGAGAGACAUUUACAACCAGCUACAGAUGACAAGACGUCACACUCAUCUGAAACUGAUGACAGUUGUGAUUGGGAGGAGACCAAGGAACCUCAAUCAGGUUCGAAACCUCUGCAAAGUAACAGUGGAUGUAACACUGAAGGGAAACCAUUUGGAUGCUCUGAGUGUGGGAAACAAUUCAGCCAUAAUUCAACUAUGAGACGACACAUGAGAAUUCACUCAGUAGAGAAACCAUUAAGUUCAUUUAGGAGUAAAAGAUUUAUUCAAAGGGUAAAUCUGACACACCACAUGACACUCCGCAAGGGGGAGAAACAUCAUCAGGACUGUAGAGGACCAGAACCAGCUAGGAACUCCGAUCCAGAUAGACAUUUACAACUAGAUACUGAUGACAAAACUUCAGACUGCUUUGAACCCAAGACUGGAAAAUCAUCAAGUAGCUCCUCUGAAUGUGAUAACAGCUCUGGCCACAAGGGACAUCUGCGGACACACAAUGGAGUCCAAAAAGGAGAGAAACCAUUUAGUUGCUCAGUUUGUGGUAAAAGAUACAUGUUGAAGAGGUCCUUAAAGAUUCACAUGAGACUUCAUUCAGAUGAAAAAGGUUUCAGCUGCUCAGUUAGUAAAAGCACUUUUCUAAGCAGAGGAGAUGUUGAGAAGCACAAGAAACAAUACAGCUGCAGUGUUUGUGGCCAAAGAUUCACUAGGCGGUCCAAGCUCAGACACCAUCAGUGUGUUGGUCGUCAGGCCUCACAGCUUCAUCAAAGCCAAACAGAAGAGAACAGAGAUUCAGAGCAUUUAAACCCGGAAGCUGGCGGAGAGGACUGUGGAGGACCAGAACCAGCCAGGGACUCGAAUACCGAGGGACAUUUACAACCAGCUACUGAUGAGAAGACUUCACACUUCUCUAAACCUGAGACUGAUUUGGAGGAGACCGGGGAACCUCAGUCAGGUUCAAACCCUCUUCAAAACAAUGAAGUACCUGAAUGUGAUCGGGAAUGUAGUACUGGAAAGACAUCAAGUAGCUCCUCUGAAUGUGCUACAAGCUCUGGCCACAAGGGACGUCUGCAGAAACGCAAGAAAAUGCAAACAGUAGAGAAAGUGUUUAGUUGCUCAGUUUGUGGUAAAAGAUACUUAGUGAAGAACUCCUUAACGAGACAUAUGAGAAAUCAUCCAGAAGGAAAACAUAUCAGCUGCUCAGUUUGUAAAAGAACUUUCAGUUACAGAAGGAAUUUGUCCAGACACAUGAAAAUCCACACAGGGGUCAAACCCUUCAGUUGUUCUGUCUGUGGUAAGACAUUUACCCAAAAGUCACAUCUGAGACGACAUAUGGAAAUCCACACAGGGGUCAAACCCUUCAGUUGUUCUGUCUGUGGUAAGACAUUUACCCAAAAGUCACAUCUGAGACGACAUAUGGAAAUCCACACAAGGAGGAAAGCCAUCAGUUGUUCGUUCUGUGCAAAAACAUUUGUCCAAAAGUCAGAUCUGAGACGACAUAUGGAAAUCCACACAGGGGAGAAACCCUUCAGUUGUUCUCUCUGUGGUAAAACAUUUUUCCAAAAGUCUUGUCUGAGACUACAUAUGGCAAUCCACACAGGGGAGAAACCCUUCAGUUGUUCUGUCUGUGGUAAAACAUUUUUCCAAAAGUCAGAUCUGAGACGACAUAUGGCAAUCCACACAGGGGAGAAACCCUUCAGUUGUUCUGUCUGUGGUAAAACGUUUGCCCAAAAGUCAGAUCUGAGACGACAUAUGGCAAUCCACAGAGCGGAGAAACCCUUCAAUUGUUCUGUCUGUGGUAAAACAUUUUCACAACAAGCAAAUCUGAGACGACAUAUGGCAAUCCACACAAGGAGGAAAGCAGUCAGUUGUUCUGUCUGUGGUAAAACAUUUGCCUUUAAGACACAUCUGAGACAACACUUGAUUAGCCACAAGGGAGAAACCCUUUAGUUGCAGCGUUUUUGAUAUAAGAUCUACUCACCUCUAGCAUACCUGAAACCACACGUGUGCUGGUGAGAGCAGAGGAUGGAAAUGAAGCUGCAGAGAUGCUUGUUGAGCAGAUUCCCUGCAGCAGGAUUGAAGUACUGAGGGCAAGACUUGGCUCAACCCUGAUCAGUUCAGAACUGUGACACCGAAUCCAAAAUAAGUCGCGCUUCAUGCUUGAGGCCAAGUAAACAUUUUAAUUCUGUUUUUAUUUGUGUCACAUUAUUUGUUCAUUUUCUGGGUACUGUGCUUGUUGGUAUUACAUGUAUUCAUCGAUUUAAAAUUGUGAUCAAUUCAAUCUGUUUUUAGUUUGUGGCUGCAGUUUUCUUUAGGAGCUUCAGGCCACUGUUAUUUAGAGGAGCCAGUCUGUUUCUGAUCCGCUCUGUUCGUUCGAUACUUCCUGUCUCUGCAGUUUCUCCAGCAGCUGCUACAGAGUUGACUUUUACUUUGACACACUGCAGGAAGGUUACAGUUUUCAGCAUCAAAAGUUGGUUUAAUAUAUCCACAUAUACAAUACAAUACAUCCAUUUGAUUUGAUAUUUUUACUUGUAACUGUUGUUGAAGUACUGCAUAAAUCCAAUAAAUUCUAUUAUAAUCUGCC